AAAUCUGCAUUGGAUCGAAUGAGCAUGGAAAUGUCUCGUGAUCUUAUGAGGCGUGGAGCUAACGUUGUUGUGGUCAGUCUUUUGCCUGGUCUGGUUCACACGGAAUCUGUGGUUUCGGUUCUUAAUUCCGGUCGUGCUCCGUCCAUGCUCACGGACGCCGUGAAUGCAUUACUUGGAGUUUCCGUGGAGGUUCCCGGACUUGUGGUGGCCACUAUGGUGGGUCAGCCUCAACAUGUGUUGCUCAAGCAGUCAGGACGAACGUUAUUUCUGUCCGAUUUGGCUCGUCGAUUCGGCGUGAAAGACUGUAAUAAGAAAUAUCCCACUGAUCCGCGUUCCGUCAAAACUUUGCUCAAACUGGCUGGCUGGAGACGUGUGGCUUUCUUUGUGCCCUCUUUUGUCAAAGUUCCCUGCUGGGUGUUGUCAAUCGUGACCUCAAAAUUCUAA